AGUACCAAAUCUAUUUCCCCAAAAUAUCAGAUCAUCAAACCACAAAAAAAAAGUUCCGUCUUGAGAGUUGAGAUCAUUUGAUCACUACUGGACCCCCUUUUCACCAGAUCUACAUUGAUAUGUACUGGCGUCACCGGCUCCAUAUCGGCCGAAUAUCAUUACAAUCGAUAUCACAACUGCCCCGUUCCUAGAUUCAGGAACAUUAGCCCGGAGCAACCGACCGUUUGGUUAAGGGGGGGGAAAGCAAGUCCUACGGUCAUCGGCCUCUCGUAGGCUGGUAGGAUGGAUCGGUAGCCUAUCGCGUAUCUGCCGCUUUAGUUCCUUCUUCUUGAUAUACCUCCUUAAGGCAAUACCCCAAGCCGGGGACGGGACUAAGGUACGCUCAACGGCAAGGGUUAGGUAGUUAAGCAGAUUACGAUGCGGCCUAUAUACCCGCAUAACCUCGCUACGAGGAGUCUAAUGCGUAACUGUAGAAUAAGGGGAAACAGCUUCAAAUGGGUUGAUGGCGGCUGUAGGCGAUAUGCUACAUCUAAGCCGCCGUCACCAUCACCGCCGCCACAAAAGCAACAACGAGCAGCCCCAAAGCCGCUCCCCUUUCAACCAACUAAGCCGAAGCCAAAACCAGCGCCAGAAUCCACCCCUAAACCUACGCCUUUCCCCUCUUCAUCGUCUUCGUCCUCUAAUGGGUCUCAAGAUAAGGGGUCUCAAGAUAACAGGAGGCCAGUCUCAGAGUUACUGCGCGACUACUGGUUCCCUCUCUUCGGUGCCGGCGCCGGGGUGGUGUGCGUGAGUUUCUUCGCGUCGUCGCUAGUGUAUUACUGGAGGACGCAGCCGCCCGAACAUUGGACACCCGGGCAAGAGCCCGAGACGCCUACAGGCCGGCCAACCAUCCAAUCGCCCCGGGAGUUCGACCAGCAUCUGGACAAGUCCGAGUGGCGCUUCGGUAUCACCAAGCUACGGCGGCAGAUCGGCUCCGAGUUAGCCCGCGGACACGUGCUCGAGGUCGCCGUUGGCGCCGGUCGCAACUUCGACUACUACGAUUGGAGCGCAGUGACCGCCGGCCUAGAACCCACCGAGGAGAAGGAAAAUUCAAGCUGGUUUAGCUGGUCCAGAAAGGGGGAGGGGAAGGAGAAGGAGAACCCCAAGAAUGUAAAGGCGAAAGGGGUUCAACCCCAAAACGAAAAUGCCCUACUCAGCUUUACCGGCCUAGAUAUCUCCCCACCCAUGCUAGACCUCGCACUGACGCGGAUCCGGCAAGUCGUACCGUUCAUGGCGGACCAAAUCCCCAAGAACCCAGUAUUCUCCAAACUCGCCUCCAAGGCGGCAGAUAAUAAUAGCGAAGAAGGCAUCUCGCUAGCCAACAACCACCUCCGGCUCCUCAAAGCCGACGCGCAGACAUCCCUUCCACCUCCCCCACCAUCACCAUCAUCAUCUUCUUCUUCUUCUUCCUCCCCCCCAAAAUACGACACCGUAAUCCAGACCUUCGGACUCUGCAGCGUGCGAGAUCCCGUCCUCCUGCUCUCCAACAUGGCCGCGGUCGUUAAGCCCGAGACCGGACGUAUUAUUCUCUUAGAGCACGGACGUAGCUGGUACGAGCUCGUAAACGGGCUUCUGGACCGUAGCGCGCGCAAGCACUUCGAGCGGUUCGGGUGCUGGUGGAACCGGGACGUGGAGCUCGUUGUGCGUGCCGCCGAGCGCGCCGUGCCCGGUCUUGAGGUUGUGCGUUUCGAGCGUCCCGGUUUUGCCACAUUUGGCACCCACGUCCUCGUUGAGAUGCGCGUGCGUGCGACCCCUGCGCCGGCUCCCGCUCCUGCUGCUACCCUUAGCAGCAACGAGGAGGAGCAGGACUCGACCACGACGAGCACGAGUUGGUGGUCGUCGCUACUAUCCGUCAAGGGCAAGCCUAAGAAGGAUGAUUAAAGUCAUCCUAGUAGAAGAGAUUCUACUACAUAGAACUUUUUGGACACUCUACUACAUCACUUAUAAUGCAACAUUACCUACAAGUUUCCAUGUGUAUAAACAUUGUAUCUUCAAUCGAGUCAUCGCCUCACUAUUAUAUGUACCAUACCUGCAAGCGAUAUACCCGAAAACCCCGCACUGGAAUACGAUCCAAUAUCACAAAUUGCAUCAACAUUGAUAAAAGUAAACUUUUGAACGGGGAUUUCAUUUCAUUUUUGGGCGCC